AUGGGUUUAGAUGAAAGGGAGACCCAAGUGCCAAUGAUGGUGGAAGAAACAACACAAGUGCCAAUAAUUGUGCAGCACAGUACAACAAAAAUGCAUGAUAUGGAUUUGAAACAAGAGGAUGAGGGUAGUUUUUAUAUUUUAAUACCAUUUACCGUGUUCUUGGUUAUUAUAUUUUUGUCCCUAAUGGUAUUUCUUAUGGCCCGUAAUCGUCGACGUAUUGCACAUGUCUAUUGUAAAAAACGUCAUGGAAAACGUUUUCCAUACGACGAUGAUGAUGCAUAUGAUUCCCCCUUGGAGCAGGACCCCGAAGCGAUGCAUGAAGAAGAGGAUGAGGUGGAUAAUGAAGAUAAUCCAACGAAAAGUUUAUUGAGGGGAAAGCUACAAAUCAAUAAUCGUUACGAAAACUACUUAAGUACUUCUCAUCUUAACAAAUCUUCGGAAUUGUUUACCUAAAUCGCA